CCCGCUGCCCUCCCCGCCGCCACUCGGCGCCAUGAGGAGCCGCCGCCGGGUCCCGGUGCCGCUCCCGCUGCUGUUGGCGCUCAGCGCCCUGUGCCCGGCCGCGGGACAGGACCCGGCCCCCAACGUCACCAGGCCGGUGUUCCCGUGCGGGGGGGAGCUCCGCGGCGAGUCGGGCUACGUGGCCAGCGAGGGCUUCCCCCGGCACUACCCGCCCAACAGCAACUGCACAUGGAGCAUCACGGUCCCCGAGGGGCAAACGGCGUCUCUCUCGUUCCGGGUCUUCGACCUGGAGCCGGACUCCCGCUGCCGCUUCGAUUCGCUGUCGGUGUUCGGGGGCCCCGGUCCGGCCCCGCCGCUCCUCGGUCGCUUCUGCGGCACGUUCCGGCCGGGACCGCUGCGGGCUCCCGGUAACCGGCUGCUCCUGCGGAUGGAAAGCGACGGGGCCACGGCCGGCCGCGGCUUCCUGGCCUGGUUCAGCGCCGGGCCCGGCCCGGGACACGAGCAUCAGUUCUGUGGGGGGCGCCUGGAGAAGCCGCAGGGGAGCCUCAGCACCCCCAACUGGCCCGAGGAGAACUACCCCCCCGGCAUCAGCUGCUCCUGGCACAUCCGCGCCCCCCCCGACAAGGUGGUGGAGCUGCGCUUCGGGAAGUUCGACGUGGAGCCGGACGCUCACUGCAGAUACGAUUACGUGGCCGUGUUCGACGGGGGCCGCUCCGACGAUGCCCGCAGGGUGGGGAGGUUCUGCGGGGAGGAGACCCCCGGCCCCAUCGUCUCCUCAGGCCCGGAGCUGCUGGUGCAGUUCGUGUCCGACCUGAGCGUCACGGCCGAUGGCUUCUCGGCCACCUACAUCCUGCGGAGCCGGGGCCCGGGGCCCCCCCCUCAGCCCGCCGAGGGGGGGGACGCGGCGGCCAAAGGCAAAGGGAAGCCCCCCCCGGCCCCCAGCCCCAAACCGCUGCCGCCGGCGGGGCCCGGCCCCGGCAGCCCCUGUCCCGAGCGCUGCCGCCGCGCGGGGUCGCUGCAGAGCAGCUUCUGCGCCAGCGACUUCGUGCUGACGGGGACGGUGAAGUCGGUGUCGCGGGGCCCCCCCCAGGAGCAAGGUUGGGCCGUGGUCUCCAUCCUGGGCCUCUACAAAGCGGGGGCCCUGGGGGUGCCCCAACCGGCCAAAGGGGCCACCCUGCGCCUGCAGCUGCCCUGCCGCCUCUGCCCCAGCCUCAAGAAAGGCUCCAGCUACGUCCUGAUGGGGCGGGUGGGGGAGGACGGGGGGGCGCUGCUGCCCCCCGACGCCUUCGUGGUCCCGUUCCGGCCGCAGCAGCAGCAGGUCCUGGGGAACCUCAGCAAGAGGCCGUGUCGGGGCAGCCCCUGAGCCCCCCCCGCGGGCCCCCCCCUCCAUAGAUGCAAUUAAAGGGCGCAAACACGGA